ACAAACAAUACAGGAGGCAGGAGCACCAAAACUCUAAUAUCCAGUUUCUUAAUUAAACUUUGAAGAGGGUCCACUUUUAGGUAGAACACUUAUUUGUUUGAUUUUCUGAUCAAACAAAUAAGGAACUAUGUUAAAGAUAAGGUAUACCGACACCACCAAGAGUCAAAAAUUCCCAAAUUAAAAUAUGGAUCAAGAAGCUCUUCUCGUCGGAAGACCUAUCUCGAAACGCAGUAUUCCGACCAUUCCUUUUAUUCUUGCAAGUCAGGCGUUGGAGAAACUUGCAUAUUUUGGAUUGGUACCGAACAUGAUACUCUUCUUGACGGUCGAAUACGGCAUGGGAACGGCGGAAGCGGCUAACAUCAUCUUCCUAUGGUCUGCCGCCACCAAUUUCUUCCCUCUUGUUGGUGCUUUUAUUGCGGAUUCUUACACGGGUCGGUUUCCUCUGAUUGGGUUUGGAUCCUCCAUCAGCCUUCUGGUACAUAUUUUAUAUUUUUAUAUCAACCUUACAAGUGGAAACAUUAUCCAUCUGAACCUACCAGUGAGAACUACAACAAAUUGAUUUCCAUCAUUUUCUCGUCUCUAACUAUUUUUUUCUAAGGAGUAUAACAAGAUUAGUUCACGUAUUGUUUUCCUUAAGUCCUCAUCACACUCAUCAUAUUUUAUGCAUGUUACUUGAUGAACAUCCUAUAUAUUCCAAUUUCCCCUCAGGUCUCACCACAAUCGAAGUGAAUAUUUUCAAACUAAUAUAUAACAAAUGGACAACGGGGAAUGAUUUUUUUAUGGUUGACAACAACAAUUCGACCAGAAUGCGAUAAAUCAACACACAUAUGUCAACCCACCAUAGUGCUCCAACUUUUUCUCCUAUAUUCCUUUUUUGCCUUCACCGCCAUCGGGGCCGGGGGCGUCAGGUCCUCCUGCUUGGCAUUCGCGGCCGACCAGCUCCAACCCAACCACACAUCACGUACCGCUACGUCAGCCCUAGAAACCCUCUUCAACUGGUACUACUUCUCCGUCAUGCUCGCAUGCUUUCUUUCUCAGUCGUUGUUGGUCUUCGUUCAGACAACGUAUGGUUGGCAGAUUGGUUUUGGAGUCUCUGUCGCUGCCAUGGUUCUAUCCGUUGCUUUGUUCUUCGCGGCUUCUCCGUACUUUUAAGUGUGAGUCCGGCCUUGUCGCUGGACUUUUCCAGGUUCUCGUUGCUGCUUACAGAAACCGACACGUUGAUUUGUCAUCGGAGGAGCAUAUUAUAUCGUACCAUCACGAAAGGGGCUCUUCUUUUUCAAUUCCUAGCCAGAAAUUGAGGUAUUUAAAUAAAGCUUGCGUCAUAAGUAACCCCAAGCAAGACCUAAACCUAACAGGGAACUCAAGCAAUCCGUGGCAGCUAUGUAGGGUUCAACAAGUAGAAGAUCUUAAGUCUCUCAUCAGUGUCCUACCCAUCUGGUCAACGGGAAUCAUCUUGUCACUUGUCACGGGUUGCCAAGUCUCCUUUAUAGUCCUUCAAGCUAAGGCCAUGGAUCGCCACACCUUCAUUCAGGGUUUCCAGAUUCCUUCAGGCUCUUAUGGCAUUUUCUUGGUCAUCUCCUUCGUGCUCUUCCUUGUUCUUUACGAUCUUGUUAUCGUCCCGUUAGUUUCUUGGGCUCUAAGAGAGCCGUUCCGAUUGGGAAUUAUGGUGAGAAUGGGAGCUGGUUAUAUAAUAUCGGUUAUGUGCAUCUUCACUCUUGCCGCUGUGGAGCACGCCAGAAAAAAAACCUCUUUAAGUAUUCAAUCCGGAUUUUAGUUCAAUUCUGCUUGGUUUCCUAGUUACUGGUUUUUGUUUUGGUUAGCUGUUUUCCAUUUUAUUUGUUUUUCUAUAAAUGUAUCUUAUAUUAACAAAAACAAGUUGCCUGAAUCUAAAUAUGGUUUAAUUGUGGUUUUGGUUCACUAGAGAGACGAGAGAGGUACGAUGUUGUCGGCGAUGUGGCUAUUACCGUACAUGAUACUAGGAGGCAUUUCGGAAGCACUUAAUACGAUAGCACAGAACGAGUUCUUGUACUCUGAGCUCCCCAAAUCCAUGUCAAGCGUCGCCACGACACUCUCCGGCCUCGGCAUGUCCGCCGCAAGCCUCAUCUCAUCCUGGAUCAUCACCAUCGUAGACGUCGCCACCUACGGGAGCUGGAUCACAGAGAACAUAGACGAGGGACACUUGGACUAUUACUACUGGCUCUUGGUGGGAUUAUCUGUGCUCAAUGUUCUGUAUUUCGUACCAAAUCUUAUGGUAAAUGUAAGAUAUAACGAAAAGUGUGAAAAAAAAUUUGUAAUUAACUUUUUGAAUAAAUCUUAUAACACACACAAAACUUAACUCA